UUUCCCUGUGCGGCCCAAGUCCGGAACUGACUUCACCCACCAAGUUCUCCGUUCUCUCUCUUCCUCCCGGUCUUUCUCCUUGUCUCUCGCAUCCUUUAAGUUUCAGCACCAGGAAAGCUGCUGGUCUUUGCAAAGCGGCUCAGGGAACCUUUCCAAGCGAAGGACUGGGGAGAUCUUUGGCCAAUCCAGUCAUGUCUCUGGGCUGCAUUUACACACGGCUGAGUUCUCUGCUUCGAACAUCCCAUGUGAUGCUUUUCCAUCAUCCCAGUUGUGCCAUCCAUGCCUCCAGUGUCACACUUGCUGGACACAACAAAUGGUCCAAAGUCAAACAUAUUAAGGGGCCUAAAGAUAUUGCACGUGCCUUGGUCUUCCAAAAACUUACCAUGAUGAUUCGUUUUGCUGUGAAGGAAGGAGGAUCCAACCCAAAUUUUAACAGUAAUUUAGCCAACAUUAUUGAGGUGUGUCGAAGGAAGAAUAUGCCAAAAGGCUCUAUUGAAACAGCCAUAUCUGGUGCGGACAAAAUAAAAUCCGUCUAUCACCUCUGUGGUGUCCGAGGUCCGGGUGGCUCAUCCUUAUAUGUCGAGAUACUGACAGACAACUUAAAGAGGACUUCCAAUGAAAUCCGACAUCUUUUAAACAAAAAUGGGGGGAGUAUUACCGAAGGGAUUCACAAUCAUUUUGAAAAAAAGGGGAUUGUGACUGUCAGCAAGGAAGACAAAUCCGGCAAUCCUGUCAGCUUGGAUCGGGCAUUUGACUUGGCAAUUGAAGCCGGAGCUGAAGAUGUAGAGGAAGAGGAAGAGGAGGAUGAGAAGGUGGUGCUCAGGUUUAUUUCUGCUGUGUCCACCUUGCACCAAGUACGUGAAAAACUGGAGUCGCUAGGUCUUUGUUCUUUGUCUGCUGGCCUUGAAUUCAUCCCAGUUGUUCAUGCCCAGCUAUCAGACGCAGAGAUGGAAGGGGCUAUGAAGUUGUCAGAGGCUCUUGAGGACCACGUAGACGUUGUGCGGGUAUAUAACAACAUCGCUUAAUUUUACCUCCAGGAGCUACUGAAGUCUUACCAGCUAAAUUCUGGUUUUAUUUCUCUCUCCCCCCACCUCCCAGUCCAAAUCAAGACUAUUAAUGGUAAAUGAGAUUUGCUAUGUUUCAGACAUGCCCGUGUGCCUUUUUGCCCUCCUUUUCAAGUUCCUUGUCGGAAGACAACCCCAUGGCAUGUACAAAAUGGGGUGCUAGAAAAGGGCUUGGGCAAGAAGAUAACUUGGACAGUUUCUGCCAGAAAUAUCUGGGAUUGUUUCCUGGCUUCCAUCAGACAGGGUUGCUGUCUUAUUAGCACCUCAGUAUAACCAAACAAUAACAUCCAAACAGAUAAUUCCCAAGCCAACAGUGAUACGUUAACUGAAAGAUCGGUAAUCUUAAUAUAACUGGAUACCUUCUUGGUCCAUUUUUCCUGAAUUGUUGGGAGAUAGUUCUGCAAGCUCAUGAAAAAUCUUAGACACACACACACACACCGCUGGAGAGAAAUGCAGUUUUUAUGUAUGAUGGACCCAGUUUGGAUAUAUACUUAGCUCCUUUGACAUAUCUCUGUGAUGGACAUUAAAAGCAUCCGAAUAGCCAUUCUGAAUCAUACUA